CGCAGGAAGUCCAACGAAGCAGCACGGCGCAUGCUCUUGUACCUCUCUGACAACCGGAGGAUGAAUUAUCCCCUGCUGUAAAACGCUCUGAGGAGAGAGGGGUGAUGGCGGGUGCUGAGGUCUCCGUGUCUUCAGAGGAGCUCUUGACUGUCAGGGAUGAGGAGGGGGAGUACAGUGGCAGUGACCAGAAGUCUCAAGUCAUCCUGCACCUGCAGCCCAUCCUGCAUGGGGUAAAUGAUGACAUUGCUGAGACUGGCACUACUGUCUUGGCCAUAGAGACGCACCGUGAUGACAGUGAAAGAGAUGGAGAUGAGAUUGAGUAUGGCUACCCCAUCACUUGUGGGGACAGCAGGGCGGUGCUGCUAUUUAAGAAGUUUGUGUGCCCGGGAAUCAAUGUCAGAUGUGUCAAAUUCAACGACCAGCUCAUCAGUCCUAAGCAGUUCGUGCAUCUGGCAGGGAAAGCCACUCUAAAGGACUGGAAAAGGGCCAUCAGGCUGGGAGGAGUAAUGCUCAGGAAAAUGAUGGACUCCGGCCAGAUAGAUUUCUACCAGCAUGACACCCUGUGCAGCAACACCUGCCACAGCACUAAAUUUGAUGUGCUGAUCAACAGAACGCGGCUUCCUCCUGGGAACUCGGUGCAGCCGAGCCUGUCGUGUCUGGCUCUUGACCCUGUUGGAGGGCAGGUGUCUCCUGUGACAGACGGAGUGUUGAGUCUGUGGAAGGGUGUGGCAGACUGUGGGAUGAUGGGGGAGGUCCUAUCCAAUCUCCAGACUGAAUUGUUCAGCACUUGUAAGAGGGUGGAGCUUCACAGUGAGAAUGGCAACCUGCAGGAGACAGAUGUCAUGCUGCUUAAUUCCUUGUGUGAGAUGUUUGGGCUUUUGGACUCAGUGAAACAAGCCAUGGACCUGAGGCACAGCCAGACUGAAAAGAAAAAAACCCAGAACAGUAUUUAUGAGUUUGAUGAGCUCUCGGAGGACGAGAGGAAGCAGAGUUGUGAUAAAAGGAUAUCUCGCAAAGCCUCGUCCUUAAAACACCUUCGAACUCAGCGUAAAAGCCAGACAAGCAGCCAUUUCCAGAACUUGCUGUCCUCUGUCAAAACAGCCACGGUGAUCCAACCUCAUUCUGUCACAGGUUUAUGUGCUGCAUCUUGCACUCAUCUCGCAAUAAACCCUCAGCUCUUUGCUCAUUUCUCUGCCUUCACCGGCCAGCGUCACCAUGCUGGAUCUAGCAGGACAGACAGGGAUGUCAAAAGUGGCACGCUGGAGGGGGAGCAAGAGAUCAGUGAGGCAGACAACCAGGAGAAGUUUCACCGGCCCGGACAGGAGGGCAACAAGAGAAAGGACACCUCAGGGAUCCACAAAGAACCUGGACAAAGGAGUGUAAAGUUUUGGGGAGACUCUCGUGUUAGAAGUGAGGGGAACGAGGCGACAGAAGGCUUGCGUGACAUUGAAAAGAUGAUUAUGGGGAGAAAGGCAUCAAAGAAACAUAAAAGUAAGUGAGCCAGACGACCCCAGAGGGAUUCUGUGGGACUAAUUGAGGGAAUGUGCCGGGAAGUAAAAGAAGACAGAGAGCGUGGAAACAAUUAAAAAUAAUAUGACUUUGUCAAACUCUACUUUUUCUAUUGUGAUCUUAUGCAGUAUAGACAGUGGUUAAUGAAAUUGUGUCUUCUUGCACUGAUGCUUUUAAAUGUUUUUAAAUGAAAACGUUAGAUUUUACUACAUCAAAUGCAGUAGGACUAAAAUGACU